AUGAAUCAAGAGAAGCUCAUCUCUGAUGGCCCUACGGGAGCAGAUGUGGUUCAAACUCUGCUAGAAGGCCUUAGUCGUCUUGGUGGCAAACACAUUCACAGGUGUAUACGGACAAUUUUGGAGAACUUAAAAUCUAUUGUAUGGGGGCUGCAGGAGCCCGCACGCCCUCGUCCGCAGAGCCCCUGCUGCCGCCUCCCUCCCGGUCAGCUCAGCCCAGGCCUCGGGAGGCUGGCACGGGGGGUCCAGGCGUUGCUGGACAAGGACAGGGGAACUACAGGGGAACUAGUCCGGCUCCAGGUCAAGUGCAAGGAGCAAGUCAGUGUCAGCUGGGGCUGGGCAUGGGCCUUACCUCAGGGUGAUGGCAGCCGGGGGGUCCCACGGGGGCGAUGGUGGCUGGUGGGCGAUGCCUGGGACCCGGGCAGCUCCGUAGCCACGUGGAGGGGCAGGAGCACAGCUCCCGGAGGAGAGGAUGUGAUGUCCACUUUCUUCCAGUUCGGGGCUUCCAUCCAGCAAGAAGCCAUUGUCAUGCUGAAGAUCAUGCAGGAUUAUGACUGGCAUGUGUUUUCUCUGGUGACCACCACCUUCCCUGGAUAUCGAGACUUCAUCAAUGUCAUUAAGACCACAGUGGAAAAUAGUUUUGUGGGCUGGGACAUGCAGAAUGUCAUUGUACUCGAUACCGCCUUUGGAGAUGCCAAGACCCAAAUUCAGCUGAAGAAAAUUCAUUCAUCUGUCAUCCUGCUAUAUUGUUCCAAGGACGAAGCUGUCUACAUACUCGAUGAGGCUCGUUCCCUGGGCCUUACUGGCUAUGAUUUCUUUUGGAUAGUUCCCAGCCUGGUUAGUGGUAACACUGACAUCACUCCCAAGGAGUUUCCUUCAGGACUCAUUUCAGCAUCUUACGAUGAGUGGGACUACAGUUUAGAAGCUCGUGUACGGGAUGGCCUUGGGAUUAUUGCCACUGCUGCAUCAGCCAUGCUGGAAAAAUAUUCCUUCAUUCCUGAAGCAAAAACUAGCUGCUAUGGACAACUGGAGAAAAAUGACCGGCCAUCUCACACCUUGCACAAGUUUAUGAUGAACGUGACUUGGGAAGGUAAAGAUUUGUCCUUCACAGCAGAUGGUUAUCAGGCACACCCCAGGCUGGUGGUGAUAGUACUGAACAACGAUCGCGAAUGGGAAAAGGUGGGGAAAUGGGAGAACAACUCACUGACCCUGAAGUACUCUGUCUGGCCAAGGUACAGCUCUUUUGCAGACAGUGACCCAGACGAUAACCAUUUGAGUAUUGUCACCCUGGAGGAGGCUCCCUUUGUCAUUGUUGAGGAUGUGGAUCCUUUGAUGGAAAGUUGCCAAAAAAACACCGUGCCAUGUCGUAAAUUUGUCAAAAUUAACAACUCAACUAAUGAGGGAACUAAUGUAAAGAAGUGCUGCAAAGGAUUCUGCAUCGAUAUCUUGAAGAAGUUGUCUAAAACCGUCAAGUUCACAUAUGACCUCUAUUUGGUGACUAAUGGGAAACAUGGCAAAAAAGUCAAUAAUGUGUGGAAUGGAAUGAUUGGUGAAGUGGUAUAUCAUCGUGCAGUUAUGGCUGUGGGGUCUCUCACUAUUAAUGAAGAGCGCUCUGAAGUGGUUGACUUUUCAGUGCCAUUUGUUGAGACUGGGAUUAGUGUCAUGGUGUCACGGAGCAAUGGCACAGUUUCACCAUCUGCUUUUCUAGAGCCUUUUAGUGCUUCUGUCUGGGUGAUGAUGUUUGUGAUGCUUCUCAUUGUGUCUGCCAUGGCUGUCUUUAUAUUUGAGUACUUUAGCCCUGUAGGAUAUAACAGGAACUUAGCACAAGGGAGAG